UUCGAUAAGUUUGUCAGUGUUUGUCGGGAAAAAGCGACGCACAGUUUAGAUUCAGACGUUAGCUGGUGUGGUUCGCGAGCGGUUGUAUCAGAGAGCGACAGAGCGACAGAGAGAGAGAGAGAGUGCGAUUUAGGCGCGCAGAAGAAACUAGCGGUAACGGUAACAUCGCGCUGCUUCUGAAUAACAAGUGCGGGGGAGGCGAGGUGCCAUUAACAGCAGCAGCAAUCUGCCUGUUGUUCUCAUUCUUCGUGCUGUUGUUGUUGUUAUUGUUGUUGUUGUGUGUUUGCUGAACAAAUAAAGGAAAAACAAAUACAUAUGCCGAUGAAGAAACGGCUCUAAUAUGUAGUUUUCGAGAAUGGAAUGUUAAUAAAAUCCAACAAAUUCUGAAAUGUAAAAUAAAAUUGGCGCGAGAGUAUGACCAAAAGCCAGGUGAUAAAAUGUUGAUUGAAUGCAUUUCGCGUAGCAUUCCCUAAACAAAUAGAUCAGGAGAAAGAAAAAGAACUGAGAUUCCAGGAACAAAAUAAAACCUCAUCGAUCGAGGAAACGAAUCCACCCGCCAACGAGAAAGCAGCUAGCGGAGAGUGGAGAGUGGAGAGUGGAAAGUGGAGAGUAAGGAGUGUAGAGUGGAGCGAAGCAAAAGAGAGAGAUUUGCGCGGAGAAGCAAAUGAACUUCAAUCCGGAUAGCUUUGUGACCGUCCAAAACGUGCAUCAUCCAUACCAUCAGCGGGAGCGACACCACAUCCCAUUGCCGGCGAACUACGGAAGCCAAUCGGAGGUCGCGGUGGGGAUCGAGAUCGCCAUCGGGUCAGGCGGCGCCAGGCGGAGCAGCGGCGGUGGGAGCAGUUCACCUAAAAUCAUGGAAUGGACCAACGACGAUGCAUUAGAGCUUAUCGAACAGUAUCGCUGCCACACCGAACUGUGGAAUCGCGCCGAUCCCAAGUACAAGGAUAAGCUGUGCCGCUUCCGGGCAUGGUCCGAGAUCGCCGAUCGCUUUGGCUGCAGCAAGGCCGAGGUGGAGCGCAAAAUGAACGUACUGCUCACCCAGUACCGACGCGAGAAGCACAAGAUGUUUGUCAAAAUCUAUCAGGGCAUACAACCCAAUCCGUCCAAGUGGUAUGCCUUCAAGCGCUUCGACUUCAUGGAAGCCGGCGGCGGCAGCCUCAGCGGAUUGCCCACCAGCGCCACAGUUGGCGGCAUAGCCACCAACUCCACCUCCUCCAACUCAGCCAGCCACACGCACAACGGACUCAAUGGCCUGGCCGCUGCCGCAGUCGCCGCCGCUGCCUACGACAGCAGCACAAUCGCGGCAGCGGCCAACGGCGGAGCCACCGGGCCGAUUGGAUGUGCUGGUGGUGCCGCGACAACCACAACUGGAGCGCCUGCAUCGCAGCACAGACGCAUCAAAACCAAAGAGCUGAAAUAUUUCGGAGCGAUGGGCCUGAAUAUACCCAUGCUGAUAGCCAGUAGCCAAACACAGCUGGACAACUGGAACACGGCGGGUCAGUACUCGCCGCCGAUAGGCAGCGCCGGCGGCGGAGCCGGAGGCCUAACCAAUUCUCAGCCGCAGCAGCUGCGCGUUGCUCUGCCCAUGUCUUAUGGCGCUGCCAGCGGCACGCCCUACACGGUCGGGGGCGGCAGCAGCAGCAGCGAGUUCAAGCCCAGUCCGCACAAGACUGUCGACACGUCGGAUAACGAAGACAACGCGAUGAGGGACGAGGCGACGGUGACGGCGACAGCGACAGCGACAGCGAGCGCGCUUGGGCAGCUGGCGGCGAAAGUGGAACGCCGCUCGCCGGUCUCCUCCAGCAUGGGCGCAGGCAGAGGCAGUGAAGACGGCGGCUUGGGUAACGCGCACGGUGCAUCCGAGAGUUCUGGCUGUGAUCAGGCGCUGGUUGCAGUCGCCCUGAGCGAGGCCGGGUCUAGUCCAAUACCCAACACCAAUACGAACAUGCACGAGGCGCACAAGAAUCAUCUGCUGCAGUCGAGUCCAGCGUCAGCACGUGCGGCCACACCUCGUCAUGCGCACGAGCAACUGCAUCAUGGCCACCAUGCGCUGCAGCAUCAUGGCCAUGGCCAGCAUCCGGAUGAGCUGGAUAUCAAGCAGGAGCUGGUUGACUACUUUCAUCCGCCGUCCGUGUCCGCAGCUCCAGCACCGCCAGACUCACAUCGUUCCUAUAGCUCGGCCGGCGAGGAAAGCCGCCUGCAUCUGGACAUGGCGCAGGAUCUGCGCGUGGCCCAGGCCAAGGCGCACGCCAACUUUGGCUCCUUUGUCCUGCCCCCGCGUAGCAGCAGCGCCCAGUUAGCCGCAGCCGCUGCGGCUGCCUCCAUGCCCCUGAACAUGCGCAAGCUGACAGCAGCUUCGAGUGCCGGGCACAUGCUCAUGAGCUCGCUGCUUAGUUCGAGGGAGAGCAUGUCCGAUGCGGACGGCGACGUGGACAACGAUGAGGCCACCGAAUCGGCAGCCAGUCCGGGUCACAUCAAGAGCAGCGUUUCGGCACAGGACGCCGGCUCCGCGGCGGCAGCAGCUGCUGCUCUGUACGCAGAGAGUCUCAGCCGGGACGAUUGCGAUUUUGUGGGCUCCAAUGUGUCCAUGAAGCUGCGCACCAUGGACCGUACACAGCGCAUCAUCGCCGAGAAACUAAUCAGCGAGGUGCUCUUCUUUGGCCAGUUCAACGAGCUGGAACGUUCGGCGUGCAUCCAGCCCAAGUGACAGCGACGUCCAAGGAAGUGGACGAGUGUGGGACGAGUAGGUUUAGGUACGGGCAAGGGUAUUACAUCAGAGAAUGGAAUGGCAACGGGUUUGGAAAUGGCUUGGAACAUGGCAAAUAGACAAAAUGAAAUUUCACUGUGAAAUAGCCAAGAAAACUAACCACCAACACAAAGCAAAACAAAACAAAACAAAACAACAACAACAACAACAACAACAAAACAAAACAAACAGUACAAUUUACUUUUAGUUGAACGGGGCCUAACCAAGGGGCUCAUCUGUACAAAGCACAUGGGGCAGCGUUACUUAGAACCGGAUAGCUGUAAGGACAGCGUACGAACAUGAACAUGAACAGGAUUUGGGUCUGGUUUGGAAAGCAAUCGGAUGGACAUCCGAGACAGUUUCCAUCGGGCUACUAAAGCAUAACUAACAAUAGCACCACAACUAACCGACAGAAUCUCAGUAUUACUUAUAAAAUACAUCAACUUGGAUUUAGUAUGUGUAUAUACAGCACCUACGACGAUAUCAGAGAAAGGCUUUCCCGGCGUCGGCGGGGGGGAAGCACAAAAAGCAUUUGCCAUGUUGGGCCUCUCAGCAACGAUCCGACCAUGUCCAGUGGGCUUUUUAUUCUUAUACGGUAGGCCCAGUAGGCACAGUAGGAGAGGAACUUGAUAAAGAAAAGCCCACGUUGGGCGUAAAAUUACGAAAGACAAAGCCAGCUGCUGGUAAAGUGCUGAAAGUUGGCAAUUUAAUAAGUCCAAGCCCAAAACUCCACGUCUGUGUUGGGUUUUUUUUUUCAAGCAUAAUCAAAGCACUUUGGGGAAAUUACAUAUGUAUAUACAUAUAUAUAUAUAUAUAGAUGUAUAUCUAUUAUAAAUACCAACAUGUACAGAUCUAUAUGUUUUAUAGUUAGUAGUGUUAUAUAUCAAUGUACCUUAUUUUAAAACUAAACUGUUUUUGUAGUCAUUUAAGUCUGGUCGUUAACUUACAAACACCAACCAACACAGCAACUGAAACCAACCAACAUAAACUAUGUAGAAAAAAAAAACAAAACAGAACCGUGUGAAAGAAUCAAUUUGUAUAAAGCUUAAGCUAUGCAGAUCGUCGUCACUAGUUUGUUAAAAAAAAAAAAAAAAAA